AUGCCAACCGAAACAAGAAGCAAGCACAAAUCGACGAAAGGGGGCAGUCAGCAGCCCAAGGAGAAGGAGGAAGCUGAGCCAACAAAGGUGGUCGAGGACCAGGUCACGGACAAGGCGGAAGAACAGUCAACCAAAGGAGCGGACUCUUCAUCGGUAGCAUCUGCAGAUACCCUCACGGACGUACAGAAGAGUCAGAUAUUGCUCGAUAUUGAAAAGGAUCCUGGGAUCCUUUGGAAAGGUUUGUUGAAAAAAUACCCUGUCUAUUACAAGCUUGGUAAACCUUACCAAACAGCAUUCCGAAACCGCUACAACUAUCUUAGAGGCAUCAAGCAAACGAAUCCACAACGAUAUUGGGAGCUUUACGCAAAAGCUGGCGAGAUCAUUGCAGACUCCAUCACCAAUUCCGGCAGUUACCGAGAAAGCAACAAGGAUAGCGACGACGAAGAAGCCGCCGCCAAGCCUGAGCCGCAGCCUGAACCCAAGAGUCAGCCCAAGCCUGCAACAACGGUGGAGCACCAAGACGACGGUACGGUGUUAUCAUCAUUGACGGAGCCAACCUUUGGUAGAGGAAAGUCGAUUCCAAAGAAGCCUAUUAUCUACAAAAAGCAGUAUACCCCCAGCAAAAAGAGAACUACUACCCCUCAAGCGACACCACAACGAACCACAGUCACAAUGCCGUCGUCCAAAGCAUCCAGCUCCAAGAAGUCUGGUUCAUCUACAGGAUCUGGUGCAUCAUUUGGCUCUCCUGCAGCCAAACGUCAGAGUCGAUUCAAAACACUCGAUGAAGCCAAAGAGUUUGCUGAUGAGACAAUCAUGGUUGACUUUGACUUCCCUGAGAAGAACGGGGGUCCUCUCUUUUGGUGUCAACUCAUUCCAGAGUGCACAACCAAAGAUGGAUCGACCAUGUAUGACAAAAUCGACCUCCGCGUUGCAUCAACCAUUGACUUGUCAGACGCUCAUGAAAUCUAUGGAUGGGCUGUUCUUGACGGUCGAGCCUUUCUCUUGCGGAUGCCAUGGGUCCCCUCGUACAUUCUCAACUUUCACAAGAAGAUGCUGAACAAAGAGAAGAAACCUUGCUCUCGCACCAAAAAGAAGAUGGCUGCUGCGUGCAAUGCCAUUAUCAAGUCCGAAGAUGAUGACAACGAUCUUGAGCCCCGACGUUGGAAGCAUAUCCUUUUCGUCUUUCCAGAUGAGAUGGUUGUCACUUGCGAAAUGGAGUCGGAUAUUGUUCCUAUCACUGACCAGAAGCAGAUGCUGAACCUCCGUUUGAUGCAAGUCAACAAGACGUAUGUUGGAGAAGGAGAGGACCGAGAAGAGAUGCAGCAAAUGUUCUUUCCCUCCUUCUUUAGCUUUCGUGUAAUUGACGAAGAUGCCGAGAACGAGCUCAAUCUCAAGAAGAAGAAGAAGACGGGUAUGUCGCUGAAAGCUCUAUUCAAAGGGAUGCAGCUGAACAAGAAAGGUGAGCCCCUGUUUGAUGACUCUGAAUCAUCUUCUGAAGCGUCCGAAUUGUCUGCCAGUGGUUCCAGCAGCUCAGAAGAGGAGUUGGAUUCUGAUGAUGAAGAAGAGAAAAAGAAGAAAGCUAGGAAGAAGAAAGACAAGAAGAAGAAAGACAAAAAGAAGGACAAGAAGAAGAAGAAGAAGAAGAAGAAGAAAGACGAAGAUGGCGAUAGCAACGAUGGAAGUGGUGGAAGUGGAGGUAGCACCAGAGGAGGUAGCAUCAAAAGUGGAGGUAGCAUCAAAAGUGGAGAUUCGGAAGCUUCAAGUAGUACUGGUAGUAGUGCUAGCGACAAGGAAGAAGCUUCAGUUGACAAGAAGAAAGAGGCUUCAGUUGACAAGAAGAAAGAGGCUUCAGUUGACAAGGAAAAGGUUAAGCCCUCACCACUUCCGCUGCCACUGCCACUGCCGCCACUGCUGCAGCCACUGCCUCCGUCACCGCCACAGCCACAGCCACAGCCACUGCCCAUCAUUCCUCUCCCAAAGCUGAAGUCGACUGACUCCUCCACAAAGGAGAAAGAGGUGAUCAAGGGCAGCACCAAUCAAGUUGCUAUCUCACCUGUCCCGGUUCCUGGAAUGACUGGUGGUGGAACAGCAAUCAAGCGACAGAAAGAGGUCACUAAGAUGUUUUCGUUUGACAUCCAAGCAUUCAAAAGCAGACGCGGUGACAAACACAACGCAGUGCGUCAAAUCAAGAGAGAAGCUAUCUGGCGACAGAAGAGAGCUUUGCCGACUGGUAUCGAUACCAGCUUCGAGGUCACCAAUGCUACCAUUGAAACAGUCGACAGUCGAGCAGCUGAAUCGACCACAAAUCAAGUUCCCGGCACUGGUGGAGAUGUCGACGAUUUCAUUGGCAACUUGAAAGAUGGGUUGGAUAAGACGUUUGGUGAGGCGGAGAAAGAAUUGCAGGAGUUGUCUGGAUAA